AAGAUGGAGGAGUUCUCAGACUUUUCUAUCCCUCUCUCCUGUCAUUCAGGUAUCUCUCCUGCUGCUGACUCUAGAACUCAUCUCUCUCCUGUCAUUCAGAUCAACAUGAAGAUCUCUAUCUUUGCUGGUGUUCUGCUGAUCUCUGCUGCUCUCACCUUCCUGGGACCAGAACCUGCAGAUGCUCAGUUUAAUAAUAAGCGUAUCAACGCUGGGAUGACUGAUGACCAAUGUACCCAGGAGAUAAAAGACAAGAACCCAAUCAAUGGCUGUAAGGGUACCAAUACCUUCAUCACAGAGAAAGUGAAGCACGAUGUUGCAUGGUUUACAAACCAGCACAUCGCUGAGAAGAUGAAUGAAGACGACUGCACCAACGUGAUUAAAGGCAGAGGAAUCAUGAAGGACAACGGCAGCUGUAAGUGGUCCAACACCUUCAUCAUAGCGUCGUUGGAAGCUGUGGCAGCCGUCUGUAAAACAACACAACCAGUGAAACCCAAUAGUAAUAUCCAUCAAAGCACAACGACCUUUGACCUUAUUGACUGCACACAGACGAUGGACUCUGCUAAAGAUAAAGACAAGCCUCCCAACUGUGUGUACAAGAAAGGUGAAGUUCUAGACAAAAAGAUCAUUGUAAUUGGAUGUGAUAAAUAUGGUCCAGUUCACUUUGAAACGUUUCUGUAA